UAGGUACAUACUACACAGUCACACACACAGUCACACACACAGUCACACACACACACACACACACACACACACACACACACAAUCUAAAGAUCAAACAAUGAGGAUGAUCAUAUCACCCUCUGCGCUACCUCCCCGAGGACACACACACACACACAAUCUAAAGAUCAAACAAUGGGGAUGAUCAUAUCACCCUCUGCGGUACCACCCCGCGGAUGUGAAAAAGAAAAAAGAAAAAAAAAAAGAGUUCCUUAGCAACACAAUAGACAGAGGGCAGGUCAGCUAAAGAUAUCCAUAUGAAUUUCUGAAAUGAAACAGUUGUAAGAAGGUAAUGAUUUCAAACUGGAAUGAAGUUCGAUCCAACUAAACACGCAAGCUGCGAUGAUUUUGCAAUCUAUUAUCACCCAUGGCAACCUUGUGUCACCCAAGGUCGGUCCGCACAAGAAGUAAAUACAGACUUGCCUUCGUUACAAGCAUGCUUUUUUUUCCACCUGCACAUGGCACAUCGACCCAAAGCUCGACACCAGCUCCAUACCGUACCCUCGAAGGGGUUCUCCUUGGCUCUUUGUAUCUUCUGCACGAGCACACAAUUCGCAUACGAGCUGCUGUGCGUCUCUGACAUAAGAGCCGUCAAUAAGGUCGCCAUUGGCCCUGCAAAAGCUCCAUACGGUACCCUCUUAAGGAGUUUCCCUUGGCUGUUUGUAUCUUCUGCACAAGCACACAAUCUGCACACGGCCUGCUGUGCGUCUCUGACAUAAGAGACCUCGAUAAGGUGGUCGUUGUCCCUGGCAAGGACUUCCGACAGACACACAUACGACUUUCCGUGCACCCGAGAAGGUGGCGACAAUAGACUGCACAUAAGGGCUGCCUCCACAAACAGCCCUGAUAUCCACAGAUGGCUAUCUACAGACAGGCAGGCAUGACAGUAAACAGCUCCUGACAUGUUCGUUGGUGAUUCUGUACAGUGGAUUCGUGAUUGGCAUGUCGGGCGUUCGAAUCCCUCUCCGCCAGUCGCCUAUCUAUCUGUACCAGAGGAGAGGAGAGGAGAGGCGUAUCACUAAAGCAAGGAACACUCUGCCGCAUACAUGUACAGGAAAGAAUUUGGAAAGAAUUGACCACACGGAAUACAAACAAGCGGAGUUACCAACGGGCCUAGCUCAGUCGGUACCCCAGCGAACUGCUGAACUACAGAUCUCUGUUCGAGUCCACACGGAAUCAGUCAAGAAAACUCACCCUGAAUUAAUCUGCGGCUGGUCAGGUUGAUGAUAUCUCAAGGCCGCCGCCCUUUCAUGAAGAAAAAGGGAAAAAAACACAAGUGGACUUACCCAAGCAUCAGAGAAUUGAACUCCUCGCUCCUAUACGAAUGCAGGUGCAGAAAGGAACUCAGCAGAGUUUGUCAUUGGCCUGUCCCUGUUGGAUCGAGUAUGGAUAAGACAAAAACUCUUCUACCCUCGGUUACCAAAGUUGAUGGCCUGACACACUCAUGCAUGUAUUGAACCUCCUGCACAUGACAUGAGCUCUCCACCAUUUUCAUCCACAGUCACACUUUACGCAAAAGUAGUGUGAAUCAGGCAAGCACUGAAUCUGCUAGACACACAUUAGGAACCCCACUGACAAUGCUAUGGUUCCUCCGUAAAGAUGGCGAAGACGAAGACGAAGACGAAGACGAAGACGAAUACGAAGAAGAAGAAGAAGAAGAAGAAGAAGAAGAAGAGGAGGAGGAGGAGGAGGAGGGGGGGGAAGAGGAAGAGGAGGAGGAGGAAGAGGAAGAGGAAGAGGAAGAGGAGGGAGAGGGAGAGGAAGAGGAAGGGGAGGAAGAAGAAGAAGAAGAAGAAGAGGAGGAGGAGGAGGAGGAGAAGGAAGAAGAAGAAGAAGAAGCCAUUUUGGGAUUGCCUGGAGUGGAAGGCAUAUUCUGGUAUUGCCCACAGAGGAACCUGAUAGGAUCUUCAAACCAACCAAUGUGGAUGUGAAAUUGCCAUAUUCCAUGUCGAAGUUGCACUGAGAAAGAAAAGCCACAGCAAACCAAUCUAAAUGCAAAAGCCAAAGAACACUCGUGCAUGCCUGAAGUGGAAUCGGGUGACCGGCUGAUCCAAACAACGUGGAUAUGGAACUUGAAUGUUCCAUGAUGAAGUUGCAUCGCCAAAGAAAAGCCACGGAGACGGCGAUCUGAUUGUCAAGGAGCAAUCUCGCUCAGUCCAACUCUUAACGCUCUUUCGGAAACAGAUUUGAAUAUACCUCACCCAACCAACUUGACGGGUCCAGCAGGCAGACCGGUGUAUUAUUCAAGUUCCAUCAGAUGCAAAUUCGUCCGCUAAUGGUUUUUGCUGUGCCAUCUGGUCUGCCAAAGACUUACAGCAAAUGCUCACUCAGUCAUGACUAGAGAGCAUGCACCCCCUGU